CCAAAAUCAAGAGUCAGGUGCUCAGCUGACUGAGCCAUCCAGGUGCCCCAAGGGAAAUGUCUUCAAGGGAUCCAAUCCCAGGGGUUUCCCCAGAUCCCACUUUGAGAACCAGCUGCCCUAGGUGGCGUGAGAUCUGAAGUUUCUGUGUGCAGAGUUUCUGGGUGCGCAUGCCUCCUGUGUGAGCUGGUGGUGCUGGUGACCGGACGCUACGGUGUCUGUCCUGGGGGGCAGAUGGCUUUUCAGGUGGGAAGCCAGCAUGCGCACAGGUCUGCGCGUGAACCCUCGGGGGUGGUCAUGGCCCGAGUAGGGGGCAUCAGGGUCAGGUAUGUGCUUUCAACGAGGUUUUGGGAGGGGGCGCUGGCUGGCCCGGGCCCCUGGCCUUGCAGGCCUACAGUUGGAGUAGGGCCUCCUUCGGGCAUCUUACCUCCAGGAGGAAGUGCCCUUCCCCCUAGGCGUUUAUCCAUUGAGUUAGACACAAACGCUGAAUUCGCCUUCCUGUGGAAAGAUCCGCCCUCGGGCCUUAUCUGGAGGGUGGGGUGUCGAGGCACCUUGUCCUUGGGUGGGACCUUCCCCCUCUGCUAUUUCAGGCUCUGGGAGCUACAGGAAGCCCUAGGAGGGGGCUUCCUCUGGGUGUAUUUUUAGAGGAACAAAGUGGGGCCUGAGUGGCAAGGGCUCUGUGGUGGGGGCUGGCCUGGGGACAGGGAGUCCAGAAGGUCAGGGGAGGCCCAGGGGACAGGGUGUACCCCCACAGCCUCCCGGCCAGAGACCCGGUGUCCGAUCAGUUGAGCUCAGUGUCAGAAGGAAGAGCCGGGCCCCGGCCGACCUGCACAGGACUAACUAGCUGUCAGGGUGCCUGGGAGGGUGAUGCUUACACAUGGGGCCAUGCUCCGACAGGGCUCCUGUGCAAUGGGGCAGGGGGACCGGGUGGGACUCAUGCGGUCUGCUUAGGGCCAAGCUGGGAGUCAUGGCUCCCUUUCCUCCAUGCCGGCUGCGGCAUCCACUAAUGCGGCCGGCCCCUCCCGUUGGGGUGCUGCGGGGUCCUAGUCGGUGGUGGUGACUCAGCCCCGGCCAGACCAGGCUCGGUGGCCCUGCAGCUGCAGCGCAGCUGAUCCCGACCGUGACGAUAGGGGACAGCCCCCGAACAGACGGGACGGCUCGCAGCACCAGGGCUGUGGAGGUGGUGACAGACCCCGGGCCCCCACCCCCGUUCUGGAGGCCCUUAGGGGCUGUGAGUAAGGGGGAGAGUCCUUCAGGGGUUGGCCGGCAUGGGACCUAGUAACUACCAGAGGGCUCUGUUCUGCCUUCCGUUCUGGCGCCGGGGUCCCCUCCCUUGCCUCCCUGUCCCCCCAGCCUCGGGUCCUGGGAGCAGGGCAGGGCCUUCCAGCAGCUUCCUUCCUUCCUUUCUUGAGACUGAAAGCUAGCCAGUAGGGGGUGCCUAGCUGGGGCCCGGGCAUGGGAGGGGGAACCCAGCCACCACCCUGCUCCCCAAAGUGACUCAGUGCCCCUGUCCCCACCCCUCCCUGGGGAGCCGGGGGCCCACAGUGGGAGGUGGAUAAAUGGGGUGGUGGCCUGGGCUGGCCAGAGAGCUCAGGCCUCUCCAGCUGGACACUCGUUGCCUGCCACUCUGUCCUGCCUCCCAUGGCCCGCUCUCGGGAUGCCACAGCAGCAGCCCCAGCUCCAGGAGCCCCUCCACAGAGCCCAUCCUGGGGGCUUGCGCAGGGUCAGGAGAGGGCACUUGGGGCCCCCUGGUGCAAGCCGGCUGGACCCAGAGCAACAAUGGGGGCCCUUCUCUGCCAGGGCUGGAUGUCAGUGGACCCCCCAGGGAGCUACGCCCUCGGCUCUGCCACCUGCGAAAGGGCCCCCAAGGCUACGGGUUCAACCUGCACAGUGACAAGUCCCGGCCGGGACAGUAUAUCCGCUCUGUGGACCCAGGCUCACCUGCCGCUCACUCUGGCCUCCGCGCCCAGGACCGACUCAUCGAGGUGAACGGGCAGAACGUGGAGGGGCUGCGCCACGCGGAGGUGGUGUCCAGCAUCAAGGCGCGAGAGGACGAGGCCCGGCUGCUGGUGGUGGACCCUGAGACGGACGAGCACUUCAGGCGGCUACGGGUCACACCCACCGAGGAGCAUGUGGAAGGUCCACUGCCAUCACCCGUCACCAACGGGACCAGCCCUGCCCAGCUCAAUGGUGGCUCGGCGUGUUCGUCCCGAAGUGAUCUGCCUGGCUUAGACAAGGACACUGAGGUAGACAGCAGCACCUGGAAACGUGACCCCUUUCAGGAGAGUGGCCUCCACCUGAGCCCCACGGCGGCCGAGGCCAAGGAGAAGGCGAGAGCCACCCGGGUCAACAAGCGGGCACCGCAGAUGGACUGGAACCGGAAGCGCGAGAUCUUCAGCAACUUCUGAGCCCCCCCCCCCCCCGCCUGUUUGCCGGCGACCCGGCCUCUUCCCCGCACGGGCCCAGCCCCGAGUUCCCCAGGCCUCAGUGGACUGGAGGGGGUGCCUCCUCACCCCCUUGAAGCCGUGCUGGGCCCACCGCUAUCCAGGAACCAACGUGCGCCCCAGUGCGCCCCGUCCUGCCCCCCUACCUGCUGGGUGCUGGAGAGGGGAGAGGGGAGAGGGCCCUCCCCGCCCCCCCCCCCCCCCCCCCCCCCCCCCGCCUGCCAGAUGUGAGAGAGGGAGAGGGAGAGGCAGUGGCGACCGUGGCCCGGCCCUUGCUGCUCUGCCCGGGCCUGCUGACUUAAAGGAAUUUUUGUUUUUGCUUUUCUUCCAAAAAAGAAAGAAAAAAAAAAACAAACACAGAGCUCCAGCUCCACACAUGUUUCCACUUAAUACCAGAGUCCCGCCCCCGCCCCCGCCCCCACCCCCACCCCCUUAGGACGCGCUCUCUAAGUAAUUGCAAUAAAACAAACCUUUCUCUGCAAACCACGUCCUCCCCACUCCUCAACAGCAGUCCUCCGAACUGGGAGUCCCGGGCACGUUCAGGGACAGAGAGAUGGAGGGGGACCGGGCUGUGAGUGUGGGGGCUCCAAGGUGAGGCUGGGAGGCCAGAUGUGGCUGUAGGAGCUGCCCCUCUGCCCCUGUCCCUGCUGUGGGGGGGUCACUAAGCCAGGCCUCCCAUGUCCCCGCUGAACUGGUCUAGGGCACAGGGCCUGGGCUCCCAGGGGCCUGAGGAUAGAGGUCCCGUGUCCCUGAAGAGGGUGGCCUCUGGACAGGCCUCUUGUCCCUGCACCACAGCCCUGAGGCUGGGGGAGAGCCUGCCUGCCCCCAGGAGACACCACCCACUCUCCCUUUCCUCCCUGCUCUGAACCCGACCGAUAUCGCUGUUUGCCCUGUAAGCCAUAGCGCAUGCGCGCCCUCGGAAUAAACAGGCCUUCCUCAGA